AUGACAGUCUACAUUAUUCACGAAAAUGAUGCAUGGUUACCACCAUUUCGAGAAGCAUUCGAAGCUCUCCAAUUGCCAUUUGUCGAGUGGAACUUGAGUAAAACACAUGGGUAUUCAUUGACUCAAUCGCCAAACCCUGAUGCAAUCUAUUUCAACCGUAUUUCACCAUCGUCACAUACUCGCAAUCAUCGUUUUUCUUGUGAAAUUACAAGUCAAGUGCUCGAAUACCUUUCACUACAUUCUUGUCGAAUAAUCAACGAUCAACGAGCACUUUCGCUCGAACUAUCCAAGGUCAAACAGUAUGUCGAAUUAACAAAAAGUGGUAUUCGUGUCCCACGAACGGCAUUUGUUGCGAGUGCGACAUCACUUAAUCAGACUGAAACUGCGCAAGCAAAAGAAAGCUUUCUUCAAACAUUAAGGGAAACAGCACGUGACAAUUUCUUCGACGAAUCAACGCAAAAAUGGAUACCAUUUGUUAGUAAACACAAUCGAGCAGGUAAAGGGCUCGGUGUGCACCUCUUCACUGAUGAUAAACAACUAGAAAAGCAGUUCGAAACUCUCCUAACCACAAACACUGACGCUGAAGAAUUUUCCGUUGACGGAAUCUAUCUUCUGCAAGAAUAUAUUAAGUCACCUCAACAGGUGAUCAAUCGAGCGGAAUUCAUUGGGUACAAAUUAAUGUAUGUGAUCGAAGUGGACACGCGUCAAGGUUUUCAACUGUGUCCAAGUGACGCUUGUCGGAAAACAGCGGACUCGAAACUUGUCAAACAGAGUGCGGACGAAAUCAAACAUGGGUUCGAUAUUCGGCCGAUCGAGUCAUUGAACGAACGGGAAAAGCAACUUGUUCAACAGCUGGAAAACUUUCUCGAACAACGACAAAUUGAAGUCGCCGGAAUUGAGUGGGUUGACGAUGGAACAAAUGUUUAUGUGUAUGAUGUGAACUGCAACACGAAUUAUAACGUCGCUGCUGAAACACGCUUUUUCGGUUCCAUGCACGGCACAAUUCAACUAGGACAAUAUUUUCAAAAAGAAUUACAAAAACUGAAAUAA